AAAGAGUCACAAUGACCUUGCACAAUAACAAUACAACUUCACCUUUGUUUCCAAACAUCAGCUCUUUCUGGAUACUGGGCUCCCCAGAUUCAGGGCUGCCCCCAGGAACAGGCACUCAUUCUGGCAGUCACAACAAUUCUCGAGCAGCUGGGAAUUUCUCUGUUCCAAAUGGCGCCAUCAGUGACCCUCUGGGAGGUCAUACCAUCUGGCAAGUGGUCUUCAUUGCAUUAUUAACAGGUAUCCUGGCCCUGGUGACCAUCAUUGGCAAUAUCUUAGUGAUAGUGGCAUUUAAGGUCAACAAGCAACUGAAGACAGUCAAUAACUACUUCCUCUUAAGCCUUGCCUGUGCUGAUCUGAUUAUUGGGGUCAUUUCAAUGAAUCUGUUUACUACCUACAUCAUCAUGAAUCGAUGGGCUUUAGGGAACUUGGCCUGUGACCUCUGGCUCUCCAUUGACUAUGUGGCUAGCAAUGCAUCAGUUAUGAAUCUUCUGGUGAUUAGCUUUGACAGGUACUUUUCCAUCACAAGGCCACUCACAUACAGGGCCAAACGAACAACAAAAAGAGCUGGUGUGAUGAUAGGUCUGGCUUGGGUCAUCUCCUUUGUCCUUUGGGCUCCUGCCAUCUUGUUCUGGCAGUACUUUGUUGGGAAGAGAACUGUGCCCCCAGGGGAGUGCUUCAUUCAGUUCCUUAGUGAGCCCACCAUUACUUUUGGCACAGCCAUUGCCGCCUUUUAUAUGCCUGUCACCAUUAUGACAAUUUUAUACUGGAGGAUCUAUAAGGAAACUGAAAAACGUACCAAAGAACUUGCCGGGCUACAAGCCUCUGGGACAGAAGCAGAGACAGAAAACUUUGUCCAACCCACGGGCAGUUCUCGAAGCUGCAGCAGCUAUGAGCUUCAACAGCAAAGCAUCAAACGCUCAGCCAGGAGAAAGUACAGUUGCUGCAACUUCUGGUUUCCAACCAAGAGCUGGAAGCCCAGUGCUGAGCACAUAGACCAAGACCACAGCAGCAGUGACAGCUGGAAUAACAAUGAUGCUGCUGCCUCCCUGGAAAACUCUGCAUCCUCUGAUGAGGAAGAUAUUGGCUCAGAGACAAGAGCCAUCUACUCCAUUGUGCUCAAGCUUCCAGGUCACAGCACCAUCCUCAACUCCACCAAAUUACCCUCAUCUGAUAACCUGCAGAUGCCCAAUGAAGAGCUGGGGACAGUGGACUUGGAGAGAAAGGCCAGCAAACUGCAGGCCCGGAGGAGCGUGGAUGAUGAAGGCAGUUUUCAAAAAAGCUUCUCCAAGCUCCCCAUCCAGUUAGAGUCAGCCGUGGACACAGCCAAGACCUCUGACAUCAACUCCUCAGUGGAUAAGACCACGGCCACUCUACCUCUAUCCUUCAAGGAAGCCACCCUGGCCAAGAGGUUUGCUCUGAAGACCAGAAGUCAGAUCACUAAGCGAAAACGGAUGUCACUGAUCAAGGAAAAGAAAGCAGCCCAGACCCUCAGCGCCAUCUUGCUUGCCUUCAUCAUCACCUGGACCCCCUACAAUAUUAUGGUUCUGGUGAACACCUUUUGUGACAGCUGUAUACCCAAAACCUAUUGGAAUCUGGGCUACUGGCUGUGCUACAUCAACAGCACCGUGAACCCCGUGUGCUAUGCCCUGUGUAACAAAACAUUCAGAACCACUUUCAAGAUGCUGCUGCUAUGCCAAUGUGACAAAAGGAAGAGGCGCAAGCAGCAGUACCAGCAAAGACAGUCAGUGAUUUUUCACAAGCGUGUGCCUGAGCAGGACUUGUAGAAUGAGGUCUUGUCAAUAUCAGUGACCAAAUGCACACAUCAACCCACAAACCUUAGCAGGGAGUCAGGAGGAAUGGGUGAUUUCUGGUGAUGAUAAAAAUGUUCCUAUCAGCCAGAUGUGAAAGAAGCUGCCUGUUUACUGAACCAUUGGAUAAACCCAUUUUAAUAUAAAAAGGCAAAUAGCAAUUUAGCAAUUCAGCAAAAAAACCCAUAUUACUGAAUAUAAAGAAAUUUAUUCUGAAAUAAACUUUAAGUGUUUUUUCUUAAAGAGGAAAAAUAUUUCAUAGCAAUUAUACACCUAAAUUGAUCUGUGUAGUUCUUUUAAUUUCCAUUAUUAAUUCAGAUAAGCAUAACUAGCUGCCCUAGAUGCCACGUUUUUUACAAGGAUCCCAAAAGUGCUGAUUCAGAUUUCUCUUCAGAACAGGUCAGAUUAGUGAAUUGGCAGUUCUGAAAUUAUUUCAUACAUUGCUAAGCUGAACGGUCUUGUCCCAAUAGAACUUUUCAUCUUCUCUUUGGCGUGUUGUUAUACUCUAUUUGCGGACUUGAUUCUUACUCCCUGCAAAGUACUGUUUGGUGCAGUCCAUUUUUUGUACAAAUAAAAAUAUAUAAGUAUAUGUGUGUGUGUGUGUGUGUGUGUGUGUGUGUGAGAGAGAGAG